CUCCUUCAUUCCCACCACCUCCUCUCCUAAAUCAUUCAGCCCCCAUACUGAACCUUCCGGCCGAAGUGACAAACGAACGCUUGACUAGAGCUUCGUGUAGAUGUCGCCAUAGGAUCACUCAUCGCUAAAUUAUUGACAGUGAGAAGCACACGCAUGUUAACCCCAGGUGUAGGGCGUGGAAAUGACUGCCGUUGCUCGUACCGUACCUUCCCUCGGCAAAAAUGUUCUGGGAUGGACCGAACGACAUCCGAGCCUUGGGAGCUACUCAGCGAUGCAGAAUAAUCUGAUGUCGACGGGGAUGAAAGACACAAACCGGAAGCCCGUGCACAUCGAGCACAGCGCAACUAUUCAGGUAGGGGUAAAUUUGGCUCAGAUUGGAUUCAAAGAUUGCUUCGGCCGAAGGUAUGAUUCUUGUUCGAACUUUGAGUGGUAUGCGACAGAUCUCGCCACGUGCCUAAAAACAAAACACCUCGCAAAUGGCGCAGUGAGAUCACUGGCCAUGGAAAAGAUAUUAAAUAGUAUUCAAGGAAGAAAAAUAUGGCUCGAUAUCGACGGCUCGCGCCAAACCACGCUAGCCUAUGUUGACUGUUAUGCAUAUCGAGUUACACAGCUGCAUAGCGACAAACGUUUCCAACUCCAACGUCCUCCUACUGGUUGUGCCACUCCAUCUCCCUUAUCCCCGCUCUGA